GUCCUCAUUUCCAAAACAAACAAAAUGGCGGCGCACAUGAGAUGGGGACUUCGUCAUUUACUCCGAACAAGAAAUACGACCAGCUUUAGGUUUGAAUCUUUACACAGUUCACACAAGAUGCAAUUCAAAAUGAAAGAAGUUGGUGUGAUCUGUUUGAAGUUAUUGUUGAGUCCAAAUCUCGGGUGUGGGGUCGUUUUGAUUCUGGGUGUUAGCUAACUGCUGAUUAGCUAACUGCCAAACUGCGACAAUGAAGUUAAGUCGCGGUUAAUCAACCUGAUCCCAUCCUCAUUUGCUGUAGUUACAGGUGGAAACGGGAUUGUUUGGGGGCUUUUCUUGUUUUUGUACUUAUAUUUAGUAUUUCCCAAUUCAAAGCACAUUUUUAUUUCACAUUGAGGAAGUUAGCUUAGACUGUGUGACAGUAAAACCUCUGGAUGGCCUCAACAGUGUUGCGCAAGGUUUAACAUCUGAGCCAAACGCUUCAGUUUAACGUUACUUACAAGGCUGUCCAACAUUAACCCUUCAUAUUCAUUAACCCAGCCUCAUGAUGAAUAAUGAUAAUUUAGUAAAAUGUCACUUUGAUCACAUGUUCUGGUAUAUUUUAAUAUAAAAGGUUUGAAGAGAAGACCAGAUGCUCGUACCACUCUCUGUGCUUGACCCAGAUUUCCAGGAAAGUUCAGCCUCGGUUCAGGACAGGAGCCACACUCUUCUCUGGUGAGAAACCAUCAUUUGAACACUUUCAAGGUUGAUACCCUGUCAUCUUGUUGUGUUUAUGCCAGGACCAAUAACAUUUACUGAGAAAUGCUAUUUUAAAUGUAUUUCAGUAAGACACCUGUCAAUCCAGACUCAAGACACUCCAAACCCCAGGAGUUUGAAGUUCCUCCCUGGUAAACCUGUCCUAGGAAGUGGGACCCUUGACUUUCCCUCCCCAAGCUCUGCUGAGUGUUCAUCAUUAGCAAGGUUGUGCUUUAAGCGUCAUAUUUCCAUGAGUGAAAUCAUAGAUUCAUCUAUUAAAAAGGGCAAGAUAAAAUGUCUAAAGAUGCUUUCUCUGCAUUUAAACAUCAGGAAGAGGACGACAGAGACAAACACCUUUACCCAUUAGAUAAAUGUGUCUGCAUGUAAUGAUGGUCAAAGAAAGAGUUAGUUCUUACACAGCCUUUAAUUCAUCAGUUGAAAUUGGUGGUGUAAGUUUGGCAUUUUAAUUUGCAAAUCAAUAUUAUCUUUAUUGAGUUGAGGUGUCAUCCUGUAUGACAGCGACGGUAGCCUGGAAGGAAAGUUCAUGCAGCAGAUGAGUUAGGUUUCUUCAAAUUAAGUUACAGAUAAAGAGUAUAUAGGUAGAUUUUUUGAUUCGCUUAUACAUUAUUUUAUCCUCUUCUGUAGGAUAAACAUCUCUAAACAUACACUUCCAAUAUGUAUGAGUUUAGCUUGUUGUAUCUUUCUUAUUCAAAUAUGCAAACAUGUUUCUUUCAGGGAUCUGUUUGAAAUUGAAGGAGUGAAAAGUGUAUUUUUUGGCCCAGACUUCAUCACAGUCACCAAAGUAAGUAUUAAAUGUAUUUAGACAGAUCUGCUCAUUGAUUAUACUCCCAAACAUUUUUGUGUGACAGAACGUGAGACCUUUGUGUGUUUUUUUCAGACAGAUGAGGAUGUGGAGUGGACAGACAUUAAGCGCAACGCUUUAGAGACCAUUGCGAAGUUCUUUGAGAGUGGUGAUCCGAUAACAACAGGGGCGGUGCACCAUGAGAGCAGUAAGAUUGAAACUAUCUCUUUACUUGUGUUGAAGUAAUGUUGGAUUCACAUGGAUUCAGGUAGAUGGCAGAUGCAUCUGUGCUGUAAAUACAUAGACAGCUUCCCUGCACUGAAAUAUUUCAUUGCAUGAUUAUAUCCUUUUUUUAUGUUCAAAAGUGUUGGUCUACUAUUCACUCUGUUCCUGAAUCCAUGUUCAUACACUAUUACAUAUGGAUCUGUUUGACUGUAUCUUGUGUGGAUCAACAUUAAUUGGACAUUUUCUUGAUUUAAGGUCAUUCUGAAGAUGAUGAUGAUAUUGUAUCUAUGAUAAAGGAGCUUCUGGAUACCAGAAUCAGGUAAUAAACUUGUAACUUUGUGAAAUUGUGUUUUAUUUACAGUAGCUUACUGACAGUUUUUGAAUCAAACCUCAAAACACACUUUUACACCUAUGUUUUUGGCUCUACAUGAGAAUCCCCUUUUACUUUUUUAAAGGUCCUAACACUUUUUUCCAUUUUAUAGUGUCAGUGUUUCUAAAUUUGUUCCCUUUUUUAACAGUGUAAUUGUUAUUUUGUUCUGAUUAUGUAACACUUGGGUCAGCUUCUGUUUUUUUAAAGUGCUUUAUGAAUUAAGCUGGAUUGUCUAGAGUUGAUGUAUUAUAGAUCUUACAUAACCUUUGAUGAAAUUGUUCUUUUGAUUCCACAGCAUGCAUAUGAAUGAGGAUUAGUUGUAGCAAGAGAAAGUUGGGCAGAAGUAGUAGUCUGAACCUGCCAGUUCUUCAUUCUGCUUUGUUUUGUACUAAGUGAUAUCAUGUUGUUCAUUCACAAGACCUACAGUACAGGAGGAUGGAGGAGAUGUCAUCUUUAAGGGGUUUGAGGAGGGUACGGUCAAGCUCAAGCUGGUGGGCUCCUGCACAGGGUGUCCCAGCUCUACUGUCACCCUGAGAAACGGCAUUCAGAACAUGAUGCAGUUUUAUAUUCCAGAAGUGGACAAUGUGGAGCAGGUGAUUAUAAACUGGUUUUCGUGUAGGAUGUGUAUUUGAUCUGAGCAUUGAGUCAUAUCAUUGUUUAGUUAACCAUUUUAAAGUAGCUGCACUGCUGUUUACACAACCGAGUGGAAGUAUGAAUCAUGUCACGCAGGAAACUGUUGCAUGGCAUAUUUGAGUCUAAUUAUGUUCAGCCCCUAACUCUGUAUUCUCCAACCUGUUGGUGCAGUUUUUCCACUUAAGUGAGCAGAAUGGGAAUAAUUCUGAAACAUAGAAAAGAUUUUCAGAAUUUGAUGUCUAUUUUGUGAAUUAAUGCACUGUCUGAUCUGUGUUGGGCAUUCAGGGUUUUCAGGAUGAUGUUUUGUUUUUUUGUCUGACUUUGAUCUCACUUAUCACAUUUAGUCCUUUUUCUUUUCUUCCAUUUCUAGGUGGAAGAUGAAGUGGAUGAAGUCAAUGCAAAAGUUUUCUCAGAGCUGGAGCGAAAACUACAAGAUUAAAACAUCUACCAUUGCACUCACAGGUUGUGUAAGAAGGAAAUUGUUACACUGUUUAAAGCACAGCCAUGUAUCACUUCCAUAUUACUAAAUUCCUCAGAAUGAAAAUAUAUAACUGUUUUCUGUGUUGCGCACCAUAAACCAUUAAUAGUUGAAGCUGUCAUUUGUAUGUAUAUACUGUAUCCUGCUGUAACCAAGAGAAGGAGAUUGUGGGUAUUCCUGUACCCAGCAAAAAUGUCAUUCUUUAAAGCUGUCUAAAUAUUCUGCUCUGACGUUUAUAAAUGUUUUGAUGUAUUUAUUUCAUAUAGAUACUGUAUAUUUUGAAAUAAUAUUUUCAUAGAUUGAGAAUACUGUGUUCUUGACAGUGUUCAUGGUCAUGCAGAAAGAUUAUGUGAUCUUGUAUUCCUUUUAAUUGCUGCCAACAUACUAUUAAGAUAUUAACAAACCACGAGAACACCAUAUUAGCUUGCCAUUGCAUCUGCUAAAUAUAACCAACUGUUAAUUUAAGAGAAUGUGUCAGGCGUAGAUUUGAAGUCUCAUGCACUUAGGAUCUGUAUGCUUUACUCACAAGCUGUUUCGCUCUGUUUAUGAUGUCCUAUAUUAAAUCAAAGUUCAAAGUUUGAAAAGUAA